CUCGGUGUUUCCAGGGGUUUAAGGUCUGACAGAAACCAAGGUUCCCUGUUCCCUAAAACCCUAAAAAUGGCGGCAAUUACCGAUUUGACUCAGCACCUCGAGUGUUACGUCGACACAGCUCGCCCUCCCGCCGACCAGGCUGCCAGCUUGAAUUUUAUCACUUCUCUUGUGAAGAAGGACUUACUGACUAUUGAAGUUCUGGUGAAAGAGAUGAGGAUGUAUCUCACCAUUACGGAUAAUGUUAUUCGUGCUCGUGGUAUACUUCUUUUGGCAGAAGUUCUUAUAGGUCUUUCAUCAAAGCCACUAGAUAAUGCAACCAUUCAUAGCUUGAUAGGAUUCUUCACAGACAGACUGUCAGAUUGGAGAGCUUUACGUGGUGCACUUGUUGGUUGCUUAGCACUGCUGAGGAGACAGGUUAAUGCCGGAAUGGUCUCUGCCAGUGACGCAAAAUUCGUUGCUCAGUCUUUCAGAGAGAACCUACCGGUGCAAUCUUUAGCUCAACAGGAUAGAAAGCUUUGCUUUGAGCUUUUGGAAUGUCUUUUACAACACUACCCGAAUGAGGUUGCUUCACUGGGUGAAGACCUAUUCUAUGCGAUCUCUGAAGCCAUUGAUGGAGAAAAGGAUCCUCAUUGCUUGAUAUUAACUUUUCAUAUAGUUGAGAUUCUGGUCCAAAUAUAUCCAGAGCCAUCGGGGCCACUUGCAAGUUUCUGUGGAGAUCUAUUUGAAUUCUUGGGUUGCUACUUUCCCAUCCAUUUUACUCAUCUGAAAGAUGAGGAUGCUGAUGUGAGAAGGGAGGACCUUUCGAAGGCGCUAAUGUCAGCAUUCUCAUCCACAGCUUUAUUUGAGCCAUUUGUCAUUCCGCUGCUUCUUGAAAAACUUUCCUCUUCUUUGCCAUUAGCAAAGGUUGAUUCUUUGAAGUAUCUUAACUAUUGUGCAUCAAGAUAUGGAGCUGAAAGAAUGGCGAAACAUGCUGAAACAAUCUGGGUUUCCUUAAAACAUGAAAUAAGUAAUUCACUAAAAGUGCCUGCUAAAUCAUUUCCUGGAGAACCACUACUUGGUCUUGGCUUUGAAGAAGAUGAAAUUGUAACAGAAGCUCUAAUUCUUCUACAAAAGGUCACCAUGCAAAAUGAUGCUUUGUUUCUACGUAUGAUUGUUCAGGAUGCAGAUAUAAACAAUGUUUUCAAUUCCAUAGCUACACAUGAAAGUUACACUAGUAUUCCCUCGCUAGGCAGGCAGAGUUUACAUGCAGUUGGUCGCAUCUUUUGUAUGGUAGCCGGGACUUCCAUGGCUUCCUGUAGUAGGAUAUUUGAAAGGUUCUUUCCUUCGCUAAUGAAGACUCUGGAGAUUUCACUGGGGAUUUCAUCGAAGGAUUGUACUCUUAAGGAGAAUUCUUUGUCCUCUAGAAGAUUUAAUAUUGGAGCUCUUUAUCUCUGCAUGGAACUCAUUGCUGCAUGCAGAGAUUUAAUCAUGAGAACCAAUGAACAUGCUGAGAAGUCUGGUACUGCAGAUGAGACAUGUUGCUACAUGCUUCAAAGCUCUGCACCAACACUAAUCACUGCCUUUUGUACUACCUUAGCGAAAAGUUCCAAUAACGUUGUCGAUGAUGCAGAAAUUUAUUUCAAAGUGAAGGGUUUACAAAUGUUGGUUACAUUCCCUGGAUAUUUCUUACAAAUACCAAAACCUAUGUUUGAGAAUGUUCUGAAGACUCUCAUGUCGAUCAUCUUGGUGAAUUUUGACAAUCCGAUGUUAUGGAAACUUGCAUUGAAGGCUUUAGUGCACAUUGGCUCAUUUGUGGAUAUGCAUCUUGAGUCAGAGGAGGCACAAAGCUAUACAAGUUUUGUUGUUGAAAAGACUAUUUCACUGGUGUCUCAAGAUGAUUUCAUUGUGCCAUUCCCUCUAAAACUGGAAGCAGUAUCUGAGAUUGGUACAAGUAGUCAAAAUCAUAUGCUAAAAAUUGUCCAAGGGCUGGAAGAUGCUAUUGUUGCCAAUUUAUCCAAAACUUAUGUCCAUGGAGAUUCAAAGUCAGCUGAAAAAACAAUUCAACUUUUGGAAUGCUACUAUAAUAAGAUCAUCUCAUGGAUCAAUGAAACUGGAGGUCUUGAGGAAGUUCUGUAUCGAUUUGUCAUACGUAUUUGGAAUUGCAUAGAAAGGUGCAAAGAAUCUAGCAGUCAAGUCCAAGACAAAGGACUUCUUGAUGCAACAAUGAUGGCAACGAAGCUUGCUGUUGGGAGUUGUUCAGAGGAAAGUCAGAACAUCAUAAUCCAAAAGGCUUACAGAGCUCUUUCAUCUGGUUUAUCAAUCCCUUUUAAGGACUCCAUGGAUGGCAAUUCUUUAGUUAAGCUUGAAAACUUGCACCUCUCCGAACAGCUGGACAUGUUUUCACCUAGGGAUGAAUUGAUUCUUUCACUAUUUGCAUCAGUAAUCAUAGGGAUGCGUCCAAAAAGUCAUAUUGCAAAUGCAAAAGGAAUUUUGCAUUUAUUUAUGACUGCCCUUGUUAAAGGGUGUGCUCCAGCAGCUCAGGCAUUGGGUUCUAUGAUUAACAAAUUGGGUACACCAUCCAAUGAAAUAGCAAUUUCAACUUCAUGUACGCUGGAAGAAGCAAUGGAAAUCAUUUUUAGGUCAAAACUAUGGAAUAUCAGUGAGAAUGGAGUUUUAAGAGAAUCUGGAACAGGCCACGGCAGUAAAGUGGGGCUCACUGAAUUAUGCCUUGGGAUUUCGAUUAGUGAAUUGCUUCAAAUUCAUGCCAUCACUGGAAUAGCAUGGAUAGGGAAAGGUUUGCUUCUAAUUGGACAUGAACGAGUAAAAGAUGUUACCAAAAUCAUCUUGGAUUGCCUAAUGGCAGAUGAGAGAGUAGGUGCUUCUGUGAGAAGAACUGCAGCAGAUGCUUUUCACAUUCUUAUGAGUGAUUGUGAUGUUUGUUUGAACCGUACGUUCCAUGCAAAAAUACGACCACUCUACAAGCAGCGAUUUUUCUCUACAGUGAUGCCGAUUUUGCAUUCUUUGAUAGUGAAAUCUGAUUCACCAUUAUCUAGACCUAUGCUGUUUCGAGCAUCAGCACACCUCAUCUCCAAUGCUCCCUUAAUUGUUAUAUUGAGUGAAGCCAAGAAGCUCAUGAAAGUACUGUUAGAUGGCUUGUCCAUACUAAGCGAGGAUAUUCUGGAUAACGAUAAGCUUUACAGUCUUUUGUUAGUUCUAUCUGGGAUAUUGACAGAUAAAUGCGGAGAAGAAGCUGUCCUAGAGAAUGCACAUAUAAUAAUUGAUUGUCUCACCAGACUCAUUAACUACCCUCAUAUGAUGCUUGUUCGAGAGACUGCAAUCCAAUGCCUUCUUGCCAUGUCUGGGCUGCCCCGUCCUAGAAUCUUUCCCCUGAAAACACAGGUUCUGCAAGCAAUAUUCAAGGCACUUGAUGAUCCAAAAAGAUCUGUUCGUCAGGAAGCUGUUAGAUGUCGACAUGCAUGGACAUCAAUUGCAUAAAGUAUGCUUACAAGGAACUGAAAGAAGACCAUGGGGAUAUCCCAACCGGCAACAGAAAUUAGAAUGAGUGAUGCUUUUAGCUUUUCCUAUCUUUUAUUGCUAAUGAUUGUAUGUAAAAUGCCGCAAAUGGUCGUUGAUAUCAGGUUUGGUGUUUGUUGAAGUGUUCAAAUCUCUGUACUACCUGUAAAUGCUCGUUCUUCUGUGUAUUACUUAACAUCCAAGCUUAGAUAGUUCAUCGUUUCAUACAAUUUAGAAAGAAAAUAAUCAA